AUCUAUUUAUGUACCCCAUUCCUAACUCUCUAAUUGCUUGGUUGUACUAGCCUUCUUUCAGCCAUUUUUGCACAUUUCAUCUUAAUAAAAUGUCAAACCAACCCACCCAACCUCGUCCAUUGUUCCGUUUACCUUCCAUAGCCCGCUCGAACCCAACACCGGCUGCCCCUGCCCCUGCCCCUGCCCCUGCCCCUGCUACUGUUCCGGAGCCACGCCCAGUACCAUUAGUUCGGUCUACAUUCAGGCCAUUGGCCCCGUCUCAGCCAACUCAAUCUCAAGAACCCGCCCCACCACCAUCUACGGCUACUCGUCCGGUAAUCCCAGCAGUUGCCUCGCCACCACCGCCACCAGCACCACCUUCUAAUGGAGCCCCAGUUCCAGCUGUGGCCACCACUCGCUCAGUUCCAUCUUCUCCAACUGGAAGAGUCUCCGCUCCAUCUGCAUCAGUGACUGUGAUCAAACCCACAUCUUCAGUGCCAUCAUCACCUCAAGCCAAAGUUGCUGCUCCUUCCUCCUCAGUUCCAACUUCUCCAGUUGAUAAAGCACCACUGCAAGCGCAGACUCUCUCCUCCACUACAGUAGUUCCAAGCACUACCACAACCACUGCUCGUGUGCCAACCCCUAUCCCACCUUCCAAAACCAUUAGCCCUGUGGUUCAAACCACACCCAAGUCACCUAAACCCAAGCCCACUGCCCCACCACCCUCUCCUCUGAUCCUUCCGCCUUCCCAGUUGAAGUCCGAGGUCGAGUCUGAGCAGAACAUCCCAAUGGCAGUCGAGCAGAAAACUGUCCUGAUCCAAAAGACAAUUGAUAAGCCCAAGCCGUGGCUUGGUGGGAAUGGGGAUUCGCAGAGGGAAAAUGGUGAGUUUUAUAAGCCCAACAAUGUCCCAAUUGGAAAGGAAGAAGUGUCAAAAGAAGUUCAGACAAAGGAGAAAAAGGAGAAAAGUAAUGGGAAAAAGAAUUGGGAUUCAGAGGAGAUGGGUAUGAGGGUUAUAACAAUUGCUGGCGAAAACAAAGGCGCCUUCAUGGAACUCAUUCAAUCUCCAAAGAAACAUGAAGCUGUUGCUUACAAGAAAGGGAAUCAUAAAACGCAAAGCCAUGGAAGUGAGUCGGAAAGCAUGAGUAGUAGUAGCGAUAAGGAGGGGAAUCCUAAAAGGGAAAAGGGUCACAAAGGAAAAGUAACAGGUUCAAAGCCCAUGAGUGCAUUCAUGAACAGCAAUGUGCAGAGUGUUAACAACUCCAUCCUCUACAAUUGUUCAUGCACUCACCAUGACCCUGGGGUGCACCUUUCUCUCUCCAGGAAGCCCUCCGCCGAGUCCUACGUAAAGGAUCGCGUUAAUGGCAAUCAUACUUAGGGACACAGAGGAUUUUCUCUUUGCUUUUGUGUUUGAAGUUAGGCUUGAGAUAUAUUUACAACUGAAUAAGCCGGAGUGAUUGGUGUGUUUGGUAAUUAUUAAACAGGCAUGGAUUCUAAUUCUUCAUGGCUAGGUUCCACUUGCAGUGGAGUCUAGCUUAAGAUUCUCCAUCGCCAUUGUGUAAUAAAAGGGUUGGUUUGCUA